GGUAACUACUUCCGCUUAUUUUCUUAAAUCUCUUUAUGAACUCUCUUUACAGAUUCUAGCAAAAGAGGGUUUCACCAAAAGCUUGUGAAUUUAUUUUCAGUGAGCGUUAGCUAGCGAAGUUAGCACGCUAGCUCGCGAAAUCGAUGGCUCAAAACAAUGGAAAUAGUUCCCAUUGGUCAAUACAGCGACGUGUGGAGGGUUUGGUGAACAAACACAUGGCAGACAUGGCACUAGAAACGCUACAACAGAGGCUUAAUGCUGUAUCAGAAGAAAUUACCCACCUGGCAGAAGAUGCCGCAACUAGACGUGCGGAUGAUGUCCCAAGACGUGCAGAAGACAUCCCAAGACGCGCAGAUGUUAAUUUUGAGGCGGAAUCACAGUCAGAGCUACACCAUACCGGAGGUGCUGGAGAAAAGUUCAUGCCAGCAGCUUCAUCUUCAGAGACGGCGGCGCAGAGGAAAAUCAUCUCGCUUUUGAUUGAGAUUAAGGAGGAGCAGCAGAAGCAGUGGGCAGUGUUGAAGGAGCUGCAGGCCAGGAUGCAGGGACCGGUGUGUGACGACGAGGUGGAGUCACUCGACAUCGAUCUGCCACUGAGGUCCAUGGAGCAGCUGGACGAAACCGAGAGGCAUUUGGAGGACGCAGGAGCGCAGAAGAAGAUGGUGUCCCACUUAUCGCGAAUGGGGGGUGCCACUGUGGAUGAUGCCGUGCGGCGGCUGAUGCAGGCUGUGCUCUCGUUCGGAGUCGGUUCCGAGCUGAACUGGGUUGGCCGAGGGCAAAAAAGAAGUUUCAGAAACACCAGACUCCAGGGAGUACUUUUCCGAGCUCUGAAGAGGACUCCGGUCGGGAAAGAGGCCACACACCACCAGUUUGCAGAUGUAGUAAAGAAAUGGCUGCGAUUCGCCCCGUUCAGGCAGGGAGGAAGUGGUCGCAGACAGCAUUACAAGCCCUCUGUUGAAUACAUGUGCUCAGAGUAAGUCACAUGACAGUGUUGCCAAGGGAGACCACAACAGUUUGGAUUGUAACUGCUUUAAUGCUCGUUUGUUUAAUCACUCUGUCUGAAUUUCAUCAUUUAUGAACGUAAGUAUAACAAAAAAAUAAUAACAACAAUCACAUAGUGUGUUAAAUUGCAUCACUUAAAAAAAAACAGUAUAAAAUUGUGAAAGAAUGCUUUUUAAACACAAAUAUUUCAUCCGUUUGCUCCCACUUCUGUAACUCCGCGCUGUUGCUCAUUAAAGUUUUCCCCUUCAAAUGCAAA